ACGUCACUCUCCCUUCCUCUUUCCUCCAUCUUUCCACCUCUUUUUACACGACUUUUUCGAUCAUUUCUAAACCAUGCCAAACGACGCCGUCUCCCGCUCCUCUCCCUCCCACUCAUCUUCCUCCUCCGCCUCCGACAUGCCGAACGACGCUGUUUCUGCCCUCGCCUCCAACUCCUCCUCCUCUGCAUCCCCCUCCCGCUACUCAGAUAUCUGGAACUAUCUCUGGGUCCCUCUGUUCAUUUCCUACACCAAGGAGCUCAGUCUUGCCAAGGCCGAGCCCACGAUUCUUCUCCCGAAUCAAAUCAUCCCUGAAUCUCCCAGGUGUGUCGCCCCGAGCCCCAAGCUUAACUACCGGCCGGUGAUCGGCAUCCUCAGCCAUCCAGGAGACGGCGCCUCCGGACGCCUCAGCAAUGCGACCAACGCUUCCUACAUAGCCGCUUCGUACGUGAAAUUCGUUGAAUCGGCUGGAGCUCGUGUCAUUCCUCUUAUCUAUAACGAGCCUCCCGAGAUUCUUUUCGAGAAGCUAGAUAUGGUCAAUGGAGUGCUCUUCACAGGAGGCUGGGCUAAAACUGGUUUGUACUAUGAAGUUGUUGAGAGAAUUUUUAAGAAAAUUUUAAAGAAGAAUGAUGCUGGUGACCAUUUUCCACUAUAUGCUAUUUGCUUAGGUUUUGAGUUAUUAACAAUGAUCAUAAGCAAGGACCAGAAUAUUCUCGAAUCAUUUAAUGCAACAGACCAGGCGUCUACCCUUCAGUUUAUAGAAAACACACAAAUUGAAGGAACUGUGUUUCAAAGAUUUCCUCCAGAAUUGCUUAAAAAGUUGAGUACAGAUUGUCUUGUCAUGCAAAACCACCAUUAUGGAAUUUCACCUGAAAGGUUUGAGGAUAGCCAAAAUCUAUCCAGCUUUUUUAAAAUCUUGACCACUAGUGCAGAUGAAGAUAAUAAGGUUUAUGUCUCCACAGUACACGCACAAAGCUAUCCUGUGACUGCCUUCCAAUGGCAUCCAGAGAAAAAUGCUUUUGAAUGGGGCUUAUCAAUGAUUCCGCACUCAGAGGAAGCAAUUCAGGUGACGCAACAUGUUGCAAACCAUUUGGUCAGUGAGGCAAGGAAGUCAUUGAAUCGGCCACCUGCUCGAAGCGUGCUCGACAAUCUUAUUUACAAUUACAGUCCCACUUAUUGUGGGAAGGCGGGGAAGGGAUACGAUGAAGUUUAUAUCUUUACCUAAUUUCCAAACCAAAUUCCGAAGGUCUUCUUCCUUCCGAUAUUUGCAGUGUACAUGGUAAUUCUUCCCGGUUUCUUUUUUUAGGAGUUGGAAAUGUAAACAUUCAUCAUCAUCGUGUCUAUAAUACUGAAGACAAAUUCUCCAUGCUUAGCAUCGUGUAAGCAUACUCUGCUUUUCCAUGUUGCAAGAUCGAUCAUAUAUAUGCAUCGUGUUAUCAUCAA